AUGCGCAGGAUUCUAGAGCUUUCCAGCAAGACCUUUGUGUUGUGCCACGGCCUCCUGCAGCUCUCGCAGCUCCUCUACAGCUCCUACUUCAAAAGCACCAUCACCACCAUCGAGCGCCGCUACGGCCUCAGCAGCUACUCGUCUGGGACCAUCUCCUCCCUGCACGAGGUGAGCAACACGGUCCUGAUCGUGUUUGUGAGUUACUUUGGCCACAGAGUGCACAGACCUCGUGUGAUCGGACUGGGAGGUCUGCUGAUGUCGGUGAGCGCCCUCCUCCUCACGCUGCCUCACUUUGUGUCGCAGCCGUACGAGUAUGACUCCGCGCUGCACAGUCGCCAUGACAUCUGUAACCUGCACAGUAACAGCAGUCGCCCGGACUCCUGUGGCCGGGACGAGACGAGGCGAUUGUCCGACAGCACCACCUUGUGGUUGCUCAUGGGCCUCGCUCAGCUGCUGUUUGGGAUCGGCUCGGUGCCCAUCCAGCCCUUUGGCAUCUCCUACAUCGAUGACUUCGCCCACCCCGGGAACUCCCCGCUCUACAUCGCGAUCCUGUUUGCCAUCUCCGUGUUCGGCCCUGCCUUCGGUUACCUGCUGGGCUCUGUUAUGCUCCGUAUCUAUGUGGACAUCGACAGAUCAAACUCUGAGGCCGGGCAAGAGCUGAGUCCGGCCGAUCCUCGCUGGGUGGGGGCCUGGUGGAUGGGGCUCCUGGUCACAUCGGGGUGCCUCUUCCUCACCUCUCUGCCUUACUUCUUUUUUCCUCGCCGAAUGCCUACAAUGCAGAAUGUGGUUGAACCUGACAAUGACGUAAGCAGUGAUCUGAAGAAACGGGAAGUGUCUUUACAGGAAUUUCUCAAAAUGUUCCCUCGGCUGUUCUGCCGCCUGCUGCUCAGCCCGCUCUUCCUGCUGCUGGUUCUGGCUCAGUGCUGCUUCUCGUCUGUGAUCGCGGGACUCGCCACGUUCCUCAACAAGUUCCUGGAGCGACAGUACGGAGCCACAGCGGCCUACAGCACUCUGCUCGUGGGAGCCAUGAAUCUGCCUGCGGUGGCAGUGGGGAUGCUGGUUGGAGGAGUGAUCAUGAAAAAAGCCAAUCUGUCUCUGAAGAACAUCCCUCGUUUCUCGGUGCUCAUGCUGGUCCUGUCCACGCUGCUCUGUGUCCCUCUGUUCUUCAUGGGAUGUGCCACACAGAGAGUGUCUGAAGUCAACACACAUCUGGACGGGUCGACCUCCAGGUGUUACUCCAACUGCUCGUGUCCCGUCAGUGCCUUCCACCCUGUGUGUGGAUCAGACGGCGUCGAGUACAUUUCCCCGUGUCACGCCGGCUGCACCAACUUCACCAAAGACCCCAACAACCCUCACAAAGUCCAGCGGUACACAGACUGCAGGUGUGUCUCCGGGCCCCAGAGUGAGGCCCUCCCUGCUCCCUGUCUAAACCGCUGCUCUCACCUCCUGCUCCCCGUCAUAUCCGUCAUCUCUGCAGCCGCUCUGAUCGCCUGCUUCACCCACAACCCUAUGUACAUGAUGCUGCUGCGAACGGUUCCUGCUGAAGAAAAGUCUUUUGCCAUAGGAAUACAGUUUCUGCUUAUGAGAGUGUUAGCCUGGCUCCCGGCUCCAGCCUUGUUCGGUACGGCCAUAGACACGUCCUGCAUCUGGUGGAGGCGAAUAUGCGGAAGAAAGUUCAGCUGUGGUUACUACGACAACAACGUAUUAAGAAACAGGUACUUGGGUCUCCAGGUGGGAUACAAGAUCAUGGGCAUCGCGUUGCUCGUAUUACUGGGCUGGAAAGUGAAGAGGACUCAAGAGUACAGCCUGGAGAAGAGACCAGAAGGACCGCUGUAG